GGAUGUGCGGUAUACGUAAAAGAAAAACAGAUAAUCGGUGUGCGCGCCGCUUGCCCUUGCGGCGGUCAGUCAGGGCUCAGCAAGACGUGUGCGCGCGAGGGUCUGGGGGUGCCGAUAGCGGAGCGCAAAGAGCUCUCUCUCACCACGGACGUCCCCGCCGCGGCCGACGCCGCGAGCCACGACGCGACCUCCUCCUUCUCGGGGAGCUUCGUCACCGCUGGCCCUUUGUUUGCGGCCCGGCCGAGUGCCGACAAGAUCGAGAAAUCCGCCCUCUUCUCUCUCUUUCUCCUCCGCAUUGACGCGCGCGCGGCUGGCAGCGCGCACCGGUCCCUCAGAACCACUCCACCCCCCCGAUCGGCGGCGACCUGCAACGCCGGUCGUCGUCGGCGGCGGCUUCGCCGGCCGAGGGCGCGGCGUGUCGCCCGGAGGCACGGCUGCGGGCGAGGAUCUCGCCGAUCACGUCGGCCGCCGCGGGCUUAGCGGCCUCGGCCCUCGAGAAUCUCUCCGUCCUCGCCGCCGCCUGCUGCCGCGUGUGGAAGGCAGCGCUGCCUUGGCCCGACGCGCCAAGCGGGGCGCGCGGCUCGCCAAAGUCGGGCCCCGUCGACGGGUCCUCCUUGUCGGCCGCGGGAUGGCGGAGGCGGCGGAGGCGGCGGCGUGGGCGGCGGCAGCGGCGGCGCUGGCACAAACGGCGGCGUGGGUGGUGGCGAUGGCGAUGACGGCCUGGCCGGUGGGGGCGGGGGCGGCGGCGACGGCGGCGAUGACGGUGGCCUCUCGGGUGGAGGGCGGGGGCGGCGGCGACGGCGGCGAUGACGGUGGCCGCUCGGGUGGAGGUGGUAGCGGCGACGGAGAGGGCUGCGGCGAUGGCGGAGGCGGCGGAGGCGGCGGCGUGGGCGGCGGCAGCGGCGGCGCUGGCACAAACGGCGGCGUGGGUGGUGGCGAUGGCGAUGACGGCCUGGCCGGUGGGGGCGGGGGCGGCGGCGACGGCGGCGAUGACGGUGGCCACUCGGGUGGAGGUGGUAGCGGCGACGGAGAGGGCUGCGGCGAUGGCGGAGGCGGCGGAGGCGGCGGCGUGGGCGGCGGCAGCGGCGGCGCUGGCACAAACGGCGGCGUGGGUGGUGGCGAUGGCGAUGACGGCCUGGCCGGUGGGGGCGGGGGCGGCGGCGACGGCGGCGAUGACGGUGGCCUCUCGGGUGGAGGUGGUAGCGGCGACGGAGAGGGCUGCGGCGAUGGCGGAGGCGGCGGAGGCGGCGGCGUGGGCGGCGGCAGCGGCGGCGCUGGCACAAACGGCGGCGUGGGUGGUGGUGGUGGCGGGCGUGGAGGACGGCGCUUGUAUGUGAAUGGAGGGAAGGCCGGCUGCGGCGGAGGCGGGGUGUGAAGCUUUUGGCCCGUGACGAAGCUAAUCUUCCAGACCUUGGGCAUAAGCCUCGCAACGGCAGGUGCUAAGCCUCGCAGCCACGGCAGGAGUCGCCUGAGUCGCCCAAGCUUCUGCCACACAGGUCUUC